CGGGGAUUUCUUACUUUCACUCCCUCAUUAUACCUCACAGCCUUCCAGCUGGUUCCAUCAACUUGGAGAUUCGCGUUCUCUUCACUAGAUCCCAAGAUAAUACAAGUGUUUCUCUGAUUUUCCAGGUUCAGCGCUCGUUAACCUCAAAGGCACUUCUGCAGCCAUGGCUUGGCUCGGUAUGACAGCGCCCCCCGGUGAAUUACGCCUUUACUUCCUCUGUAUCUAUUUCGGCGUAGGUGCGUCCGUAUGGGGGUACAAUAUAGGUGUGAUGUCUACCGUUAUUUCCAAUUACGGCUUCGACAAUGCUACAGGCCACAUGCCUUUGUUUAAGAAGGGAUAUAUCAUCAGCUCCUAUUACAUCGGGACCUCCAUCAGCUACCUCCUUCUCUCUCAUCCUCUCAGCGACUGGCUUGGGCGCCGGCAUGCUGCACUGGUUGGAACUAUAGUUGUGUGUAUCGGCGCGCUGUUUCAAGCUAUUAGCAACGGUCCCACCGGCUUGGGCACAAUGAUCGCCGGCAGAAUCGUUAGCGGACUCGGCGUCGCGAUUGUCUCAACUUCUGUGCCGUUAUACCAGGCGGAGGUUUCUCCAGCGAAGAAGCGCGGCCACUUUGUGACGGUAAACCACGUUGGUUUUAUCGCAGGCAUUGCCACGGGUCUUUGGGUUGGGUAUUUCAUGAGGUUUUGGAGGUCAAGGGCUGGGGAUUUCUGGGGAUGGCGACUAUCCAUUUUGCUCGAAAUAGUCCCGGCCCUCAUUUUUGGGCUUGGCUUGCCAUGGAUCCCUGAAACACCGAGGUGGCUUGUCGAGCACGGAAAAAAGGACAAAGCGCGCCUAACCCUCUAUUGGCUUCGCGAAGGUAAUUUCGAUGGCGAACAGAUCAAUCGUGAAUUUAGUGCGAUCAUUGAAGACGUCGAUGAGUAUCACCAUUCCGGAUUCAACUGGCUUUCGCUCCUCAAAGAAAAGGCCUUGUUUGCUCGUCUAUGGCGUGCUACUUUGCUGCAGUUCAUGGCACAGCUCUGCGGUGCAUCCGGCAUAAAGUACUACCUCCCAUAUUUAUUGCGAAGUCUCGGCCUGAGCAUGAAGAUUUCUGUGAUGGUUACCGCCAUUGAAAUGACAGUCAAGAUAUUUUUUACCGUUCUCGAAAUGUUCAUAAUUGAUCGCUUCGGACGCAGAAACUGUCUAGCUACUGGCUGUGCUAUUAUGGCUGUUUCAUUAUUAAUCAACGCUGCCUUGCCUCUCGUAUAUGGCUAUGGGGAAAACACAGCUGCUAGUGUCGUCUGCAUUAUUUUCAUUUUCGUAUAUGCCAUGGGCUUUUCCAUAGGUUUCGGGCCUGUUACGUGGGUAUACAACACAGAGAUCUUCCCAACAUCGGUGCGAGCCCGAGGACUUAACUUUGCCUCAGUGGGCGGCUCUGUUGGUGCCACUAUCGUCACCAUAGCUUGGAGUUACGGGCUUUCCUUCUUGGGAAACUACAUAUACUUUCUGUUCGCGGCGAUUAAUCUCGCCUGUAUUCCGGUUGUCUACACUUUUUUCCCCGAAACUAAAGGCCGCGGCCUUGAAGAAAUGGACGCAAUUUUUGGUGCCGUUGACAAGCCAAGAAGUGAUUCUGACGAUGCUUCUGUACCUCUGUUACGGGAUGAUGCUUCCUACAGGGACUCUGAGGAUUCCGCCCCUGGCACUUCAAGAGAUGAGGAUCACGGUCUCAACCUCACAGGAUGAUAUUGUUUGUCUCACCCGAAGUGUCUGCUGGAACAUUUCCAAGAAGAAUAGAACUUAAUGCUUUCUGCGCCGGAUGUAUUCCAGUUGGGGUAUCAGAUGCCGGGGUGCACUUAACGAACAGUAUAAGCCUCACCUUCGAGUAGUAUUUCAUAGAUGUUGUUCAUUAACAUCCUGCCAUAUCCUGCUAUUUAGUCAUGAUAUAUGGGAUGGUGACACCAUCUGAAGCUUGUAUUUCCCUUCAAGUACCCAACGAUUCUUUUUCAUAUAUUAUGGGAGACAUUACCUCUAUACGGCGGGAACUGUCUAUAAGAAUACCUUCCGUAUGGCAAAAUGAUCUACCCUGUAUUUACGGGCAGCAAACAAAGGGAACCAUGG